GUCGGUGACGUCACGCGCGGUGCGUGUAGCCCUAGACGCAGGGAAUCGGCGUCUGGAGCUGAUUUAAUGACGUGAGCUGUCGGUUUGGUUGAGGCGGUGGAUGGUGAGUGAGUCACGGGGGAAAGUGUGUAGUAGCAGCUUGGCCUAGAACAACCACUCGGGGCGCUCUAAGUCAGGUUACAGAGCACUGUGUGAUCUGAAACCCUGCACCAAAUGCAGAGGCUCUAAGCUGAGGUUGGAAUGGAGGAAAAAGAAAGAUGUGGUAGAGCGUGUCUUGGCUUGUGAUUUAUUAUUUUUGCAAGGGCGACCAGUCUCAUUUUGAAUUGGACACUGGAACGCACCUUAGCCAAGUUCAUUGUUACAUGUUCUUGCUUUGCCUCUUAUAAGAUAUGAGCUACAACUUCUACAUUUGGACCACUGACUCCAGUGUGCACUAGUGGACUCUUGUAGCUGAUUACGCUGUACCACAGCCAUAUCCUAAUUUUGAGCACCCGCCAUGAGCUGUGUGCCGUGGAAAGGUGACAAGGCAAAAGCUGAAGCUGAGGUGCAAGAACCUCUUCCACCACAUAUUUACCAUGAGAAACAACGUCGGGAGCUGUGUGCCCUCCAUGCCUUGAAUAAUGUCUUCCAGGAUGCUGGCGCAUUUACUCGGGACAGCUUACAGGAAAUAUUCCAGAGAUUGUCCCCCAACACUCUGGUGACCCCACACAAGACGAAUAUGCUGGGAAAUGGAAACUAUGAUGUUAAUGUAAUCAUGGCAGCACUUCAGACCAAGGGAUAUGAGGCUGUAUGGUGGGACAAAAGGAGGGAUGUUUGUUUGAUUUCGCUUUCCAAUGUAACUGGGUUCAUCAUGAACCUUCCAUCUAGUUUGUCUUGGGGCCCCCUUAAACUCCCACUCAAACGUCAGCACUGGAUAUGUGUGCGUGAAGUGGGAGGCACUUAUUACAAUUUGGACUCAAAACUAAAAAGGCCAGAACGGAUUGGAAAUGAGGAAGAUCUAAGGAAGUUUUUGCAGCAUCAGCUAAGAGGUAAAAACUGUGAGCUGCUGCUGGUGGUGCCUGAAGAAGUAGAACUUCAUCAACGAUGGCGGGCCGAUCUGUGAUCUACAAUUUGACUUUUUUUAAAUUAUUUUUUUGUUCUCUCACUACAUUAUUUUUUUCUUAGCUCUUCUUGACAAUCUCUAUUCUGGAAAGAUCCUGUCUCCAGAAAAGAUUUUUUUUUUAAAUCUUCUAGUGCAAUACAGAGGAACAGGAUAAAGGACUUCUUAAUGGGAGCAUGCGGAGGCUUAGGCUGGUACUUCAUCUCAGUGAGGUUUCUUACAGCAUAGCUAGAAAGAGACCUCUGUGCUGAUGCAUGUGAAACUUGGACAUGAUUAAUUACUCAGCUACAGCAGACUGAUGGAAGUAGUCAUAUUAUUGCAAACCGUGACCACAAAUUCUGACUACACAAGCCUCUUCUGUCUAGAGGUGUUUCCAUUAUAAUAAUGCGGAAAUAUUGCUUGUUACAUCGACUGUCUAUAACCCAAGGAAUAGAAGAAAUGGCUAAAUAUAAGCAACCUGACGGAUAAGCUGCCUAAAACCAAACUGAGCCAUCUUUUUUUUAUAUGUGAGAACACUCUCGUAAAAGCCUCAAUCCUUAAAAGCUACCCUUGUGUCACUAUAUAUAAAGUGCUCUUUUUAAAAAGAAGAAAAAAUUCUGUCAAUCUAGUGUGAGAUAUGGUGUUCCUUUUCACAAUGUAUAGAAAAGAAAAUAGCACUUCAUUUUUAUUCACUGGUCGUUUUUUUUUUUUUUUUUUUUUUUUUAUAUAGCGAUGUGUGGUGCUGAAAAAGUAUUCCUUUCCUGAUACACCAUCAUAUUUUGUGUAUAAAUAAAAGAUGGCUAUUAAACAUUUGUGUAACACUAGGAGCACACUUAUAGUGGCAUUCAUUUUGCAAAUUGUGUUAAGGUAAGUGGCACAGGGGAAAUGUAUAAAUUGGUCAGAUAUAAACGAAUCACAAAUGCUGUCUUGACUUCUUGAAACUUUCACCAGAAAUAUUAUUUGCCAGUGCAAGGCUCUUGAUUUUUGUACAGCCUCACUAAACCCACCCUGAAAUGCUGUAUUCUUCAUAAGUGGAGCCUGGGUAAAAUCUGACUUUCAUGCUCUUCUGCCAUUGGUCUGGCAUGUUUUUUAAUUCUGUAACAGUUGUAGAGCUAAAAUGAGGGUAUGCUUUAAUUUUACAAGUGUCUCCAAAGAGAGGUUGUAUGCUUAUUUCACAGUGGAGAGAGUGCACAUUGGUGUUUGAAGUGGGAUUCUUCACAGCCAACUUUUUUUUAUUUUUUUUUGGUUAUGUUGAGUCUGUUACUAUUUUACAUGCUAUGCUUUUAAAAGGAGCAUAGCCAUAUGGAAACAUUGGAUCUAACAUGGCCUGGUAAUCAUCCAACGAACCCUCAGGCUGCUAAUCAUGUAUAGUGCAUGAUCCAUUCUGCUGACUAUGUUCUAUGCCAUGAAUGGGGCCAGUCUUCAGACCGUCUCAUAUGUUUAUGGGAACUUUCCCUUGAGGAGGCUCUGUGCUGAUUUUCUGACUGUCUUUUCUAAUGCAGGUCCAAGAAUGUGACCAAUCAAUUAUACUGUGGGGUUUGGCAUAUAUAUUUUAUUUCUUUUUUUUUUUUUUUUUUUGCAUCAGCAGGUAAGAAAACUGCAAUAUUAUCUGGGUGCUAAGUCAAAACCAGGAAGUGUGUUCUGUUGAUUUUAUGUGCCUCCAAUUUCUCAAUUUAUUUUACUUUUUAUUUUGCUUGUUCAUCUGUUUUUUUUUUUUUUUUUUUGGUUUCCCCACACAUGCUGCUUUCUUCUAUUGGUUAUUUUUAAUGGAUGAAUAAAAAAAUUAAAGCAGGUCUGAUACAGCCCAAAACCAUAAUGUUGGUUUUCACACUACAUAGAUUCCCUGCAACUAUAGGCCUGUUAACAUAGAUGAAUAAAAAUAAAUCCUUGGACAUUCACAAUAGCUGGUGUUUUAAGGUAAGGGUCAGUCAAACAUUCAAAACAAGUUAUUUUUUUGUUUAAAAUUCCCUGUGUAGGGCAGUCAGAAAUGGGAUUUUAGAAACGAAGGCUCAACUAUUAAAAGACAAA